AUGGGAGGGGCUGAUGACGACGGAGGCGUGCGGAGCGAUGGUAACGAGGUGGUUGGCGAACAUGAGGGACGGCUUCCUUGGGCUCAGCCGAAGUAG